CCCAAGUUCGACGUUCGGGACGCUUGGGGUCCUCCUCCAUCCCCCAUCCGCAUUAUUAUUUUAGGCUCAAGCUCAGGCUCAGCAAUUACCUUUCGCGCACUUGACAAGACACGCUGUUUAUUCUCUUCCUCAAUCGCAUCAUCCUCUCAUCACGAACGCUGUGACUCAACACUGCGCACUGUUCAAGUAUUUGCCAGUCGCAUCUCAUCUCCACUCAUCAGCAUCACUCGAUACACCAGCUAGACCCUCUCUCACCCUCCGUCGCACUUCUCACCAUCAUCGCCCAUCAUGUCGGUCAAGUUCCAGUCGGAGCAGAUCCGCAGCGUAGGAAGAGAUGAGAGUACCGCUCGAAAGAUUGGCGAAGCCUUGACUGGCGGGAAGCAGAACACUGGUUAUCUUGCGGCAUACUUGAAGCAACUCCAAUCCAACCCUCUGCGCACCAAGAUGCUGACAUCCGGCACUCUGUCCGCGCUGCAAGAACUCCUUGCCUCAUGGCUGGCUCACGACCUCAGCAAGAAUGGUAGUUACUUCAGCUCCAGAAUACCUAAGAUGGCCAUCUAUGGCGCCUUCAUCAGCGCCCCGAUGGGCCAUGCUCUUAUCGGCAUCCUCCAAUGGCUCUUUGCCGGCCGAACAAGUCUCAGGGCCAAGAUCAUUCAAAUCAUCACCAGCAACCUGUUGAUUGCUCCCAUCCAAAACUCGAUAUAUUUGACAUCAAUGGCUUUGAUCGCUGGUGCUCGAACGUGGCAUCAAGUCCGUGCCACCGUCCGUGCCGGUUUCUGGCCCGUCAUGAAAGUUAGCUGGAUUACUUCCCCUCUCGCCCUGGCUUUCGCUCAGAAAUUCCUUCCUGAGCACGCCUGGGUUCCAUUCUUCAAUGGCAUUGCAUUCCUCAUCGGAACUUAUGUCAACACCCACACUAAGAAGAAGCGACUUGCAGCUUUGAGAAAGAGACCUUAUAACGACGGUCGAAGCCAGGCUGGACGGCCCGAUGACAGAUUCUAAAUUUCAAAACACGUUGGAACGACGUAAAGGACAGGCCCGGAAUGCUGGUGGUAUUGAUGGUGAUUAUGAGGGUGGCGGUAAAUCUCAAGUAUCAAUCGACAGGUGUCUUUUUGGCCUUGACAGUCUCGAGACGCCUUUGUUCUGGCCAAUUUUGGUGCACAAGUCAUUAUUGCGUCUGAUCUCUUGCAUUUCAAACCGUGUACGCUGGUCGAAUGUGAAUGUGAGAGGAAUAUGCCCACAAUUGUUACAUGUCGAAGAGUUGAGCACCCGAAAUAUUACAUUGCACGUCUCGUCG